GGUGAAUUAAAGAAUCCACCUGUUAUCAUGUGGACAAAACAAUAAAAACAACGAAAAAAAAAACACAAAACACAUUCAGCAACUUUGCUCAAAAAACGCAAAAGCCUGCAAUGUAAGAACGUCAAAAAUUAAAUUAGGAUCAUGCAGAACUGCCACAAUAUAAUACAGAAAGUUUCUACGGUUUUCUACGCAUCCUACGUUUUCCACGUUUUCGAUGUACGUUUUGAACAACGAAUUUUAACCUAUUUUUAUAUUUUUGUGGCAGCCCUGAAUCAUACUGCUGUGUUGACACAAGACAUAAGUCAAAGCAAUAGUAAGGUUAUGUUAAUUUUUUGUUUAUAAACAGAAUUUGUCCACAAUUCCACAAAAUAAAUUAUAUCCAAAAAUCCUAAAUUGGAAAGGUAGAUAUUAAUAAUUUAUCAAGAGAUAUGAAGAAGGAGGUCAUAGAAGGUGAAACCGAUUCCCCUGCUGAGUUGGAAUCCCAGUUUGUAUUACGUUUACCACCAGAACCAGCAAAAAUCUUGAGGGAGACACUCAGAAGCCACAGUAAUUUGAAAGACAGGUUUUCUAUAAAAAUCGAAAACGAUAUGCGUCAUGGUGAGGUCAGAGUAGAUCACUGGUUGUUGACUGGAAAGGUGGUUGAUCUACCAACUAUUGUAGAGUCCCUUAAGACUAUAGAUGGUAAAGGCUUUUACAAAACUGCAGAUAUUUGCCAGAUGCUAUAUUGUAAAGAAGAGGAUGAUCAAGCUACAACUGAUGAAGAUUCUCCUCAAAAAAAGAAGAAAGACACAAACAAAGUUGACAAGAAAUAUCUUUGGCCCCAUGGAGUUACACCACCUACAAAAAAUGUUAGGAAGAGAAGAUUUAGAAAAACUUUGAGGAAAAAGUAUGUAGAGGCUCCUGAAAUAGAAAAGGAAGUAAAAAGAUUGUUGAGGAUUGACAAUGAUGCAGUGAGUGUGAAAUGGGAAGUUAUCAAUGAAGAAGAUGAGAACAAGGUCAACAAAGGUACUGUUAUCAAGAAAGAACCCCCAGAGCCUCCAAAGAAUGUAGGAGAACAUGACAUAUUUGGAGAGGCAGUUAGUGAUUCUGAAGAAGAAGAUGCACAUCUCAAUGUCCUGGAUGUCUUAGAUGAAAACAGUCAAAAUUCUGCAGAUGACAGUCACUUAACAGACUCAAAUUCUGUGCUGAAUAACUCCGCAGAUGCUAAACUCCUGACAGAAUUCACAAGUGAUAUGUUCAGGGAUAUGCAAAAUUCUCCAAAUAUGAUGCACAUGCAAGAAAUAGAUUACUAUCAACAUGCAGGUCCUAGUAUGUCCUACUCAGAGUCAAAUCUAUCUAGAGCUAAUAUUCAAGCACGAUUGGAUGAACUUGAAGCUGAAAUCAAUGAUGUAAAGCUGAAAAGACAACAGCAGGAAAUAAAAAUUGAAAACAUUGAAAACUUAGCAUUGAGGCAGAGGUUCCAGGAUAAAUUGGAGAGGCUACUACAAGAGCAAUAUGAGAAGGAGCAAGAAAGAUUUGAGUUAACAGAAUUAUUGAAACAGAACAUUGAUUGAUAUAUAGAGCAAUUUUAAUUAUUAUAAGUUUAAAAAUCUUCAAAAGUACUCUCAGAUAUACUUCUAAAUGGUAAUUUUACUAAAAUGCAAUGUGAUUCAUCUUUAUACCUUUUAAUUUUCUACUAUCAUUUUUCAAAACUGUAAUUCUUGAUUCUAACUGAUAUUCUGAGUAAGUCUAUGUUCAUUAUUAUAUUAUGAUGAAGUAACACAUUGAAGC